UCCUUGCAAUUAGUACAAACGUGCGGGUUAUGUGAAAUGAUCUGUGACCAACCAGACAUCGCAAAUCACCCUUGCUUGAAAAAUUACAAGCAGUAUACAACUGAUCCUAAUACGUUGUACUUUUAUCCCUUAUUAGAAUUUUUGACAUGCUAUUUCUCGCUUCUGACGUCAUCCAAACAAGGAUAGAAGCGGCGAGUAGGCAGGAGCCUUAAGAUAAAGCAAGAUGUUUUUAAAUCAUAUUUUGCAGAUGAUGGAGUGACCAUAGUCAGGAAAAGCAGAAUGCCGAACAAUGAAGAACAAGUGGUGGCAACGCGAUUGUACGAGAGGAAUAUAAUCGAAACGGGAAGAAGUAUUGUCUGAAGUGCAAAAUGCUUUAUUAAAGAAGCCCCAAAGAAAUUCAAAUGAGUAAGGGCCAGGCUGAAUCACGACGAUGAAGAAACUCUUCUUUUGGAGGUCCAGUUACGAGAGGCUCUUUGGAACUAUAAACUUCCGCUAAUACAACGAAACGCAAGAAUCACGAAAAAUUUGUGGCAGGAAGUGGCAAAUGCCUUGAACGGAAAAAUUACGGCCGACGAAGCAAAAGCAAAAUUUAAAAGCCUUCACGACACUUAUCGACGAAUAAUCAGAUCGGAAGCUUGCGCCAGUGGAUCUGCCAGAAAAGAUAGUGGAAAAAAGUGGGCUCAUUAUGAUUCAAUGGAAUUUAUGCGAGAUUCUUGCAUGCUUGCUGAAAACCACAGUGAGUAGCAUCGAAGACCCAAUGGACAAUUUUGGAGAUAAUGACGAAAACGCAGAAAACAUUGAACCAAAUCAUGGGCCUCGGAACAAAAAAAGAAGAGGCGAUCCUGAGGCGUGUACCAACGCCAUAGAACGAAUUGCAAGUGCAAUAUGUGACAAUAACGACGUGCCUAUUGAUCUUCCGCCUCCUCCAGUUAUAGACGAAGUUGAUUCUUUCUUGUCGAUGUUAGGGUGCCAGUUGCGAGAACUAGUAUUACGUAAACGACGAGAGAUAAUGAAAAUAAUUUUGGAUGUAACAUACGAUGCUUUGACAGAACAGUGAAUAAUAUCUAUGCUUCUAUUCAUUAAUAUAGUUUGUAAUGUAAUAAUAAUUUUGG